GUUCUGUUAAAGAAAGGACUCUGAGCUGUCUCUCCGUGUUGAUAAUGCAUUAGCAAAAAGAAGGGUAAAAAAAUAUAUGACUGUCUUUGGUGUGAUGCUGUGACUGAAGACUGGACCACAAUACUUACGUACAGUGCUCCUGAAGCUGAAGAUACAUAGUCAUGAUUCCCAGCAAGAUUUUAGUCUACCACAACCCUUCUGGGGGCACGCGUACAGAAACUUAUAGAAGUACUAGAAGGCGUAAAAAAUCUCUUGGAGAAUUGUUCCAAAAUGGAUAUCGUGUCAAAGCUGGACAUAAUAUUCCUGAAAAGGAAGAACAACAUACUUUUCGAAACUCCUUGGUGUCUUGUUAUAGGGUCGGCUCAUACUGGGGUUUAAGAUUUUUAAGAGCCCUUAGACUGAUACAGUUUUCAGAAAUUUUGCAGUUUCUGAAUAUCCUUAAAACAAGUAAUUCCAUCAAGCUAGUGAAUCUGUGCUCUAUAUUUAUCAGCACGUGGCUGACAGCAGCUGGGUUCAUACAUUUGGUGGAGAACUCAGGGGAUCCAUGGGAAAAUUUCCAAAAUAAUCAACCGCUAACAUAUUGGGAAUGUGUUUAUUUACUGAUGGUUACAAUGUCCACUGUUGGCUAUGGAGAUGUUUAUGCAAAAACAACCCUUGGUCGCCUUUUCAUGGUCUUCUUCAUCCUUGGGGGAUUGGCCAUGUUUGCCAGCUACGUCCCUGAAAUCAUAGAGUUAAUAGGAAACCGCAAGAAAUAUGGUGGUUCCUAUAGUGCGGUUAGUGGAAGAAAGCACAUAGUUGUCUGUGGUCACAUAACACUUGAAAGUGUGUCCAACUUCCUGAAGGACUUCCUGCACAAGGAUAGGGAUGAUGUCAACGUAGAAAUCGUCUUUCUGCAUAAUAUCUCCCCUAACCUUGAGCUGGAAGCUCUUUUUAAACGACACUUCACUCAGGUGGAAUUUUAUCAGGGUUCAGUCCUUAAUCCCCAUGACCUGGCGAGAGUGAAGAUAGAGUCAGCAGAUGCGUGCCUAAUCCUUGCCAAUAAAUACUGCGCUGACCCAGAUGCUGAAGAUGCCUCAAAUAUUAUGAGAGUUAUUUCAAUAAAGAAUUAUCAUCCGAAGAUAAGAAUUAUCACUCAGAUGUUGCAGUAUCACAAUAAGGCUCAUCUGCUAAAUAUCCCAAGCUGGAACUGGAAAGAAGGGGAUGAUGCAAUCUGUCUUGCUGAGCUCAAGCUGGGUUUCAUAGCCCAGAGCUGCCUGGCACCAGGCCUUUCAACAAUGUUAGCCAACCUCUUCUCUAUGAGGUCAUUCAUAAAG